AACGCCCUAACCACUUUGGCAGCAUUUUAAACUUGUACCCAAAGCUGUUGUCAAAAGGUAGAAGGUGACAACGCUGCAGCUACCGAGGGUCCGGUCCGGCGAUUUACUUCAGGUCUCCUUAGUAAUCUUUCGUAACAUUGGGUUCCGUAUGCGUUAGAUUUUUUAUUAUUAAGUUAAACGUCGAAUAGCGUAGCGUAAAGCUUGUUUACGUUCGUUUUGAUUUAAAUUGUUAAGUGCAUGGGUACAAGCUAGCUUCCAAGGCUAAACUAACGUCGGUUGAGGGAGGGUUAACAAUAGUUUGACCUGCUGCGAUUAUUGAUACAUCUACUGUCGAAGAGCAUUAGCCGUUUAUUUUAAGUACGUCGAUAGGACUUUAGUUCAAAAUGAGCGCAGCUAUUGCGAAGCCGACUAACCCGUCGGCACAAGUCGACCCGAAAUCAGCUCCACUCAAAGAAAUCCCAGACGUUCUGUUGGACCCCCGCACCAUGAGGAGAUACACGAGGGGACGGUUCCUCGGAAAAGGUGGCUUCGCCAAGUGCUAUGAAAUCACAGACGUGGAGACGAAGCAGGUUUUUGCCGGAAAAAUCGUGCCCAAGUCUCUGAUCCUGAAGCAGCACCAGAGAGAGAAAAUGACCUCGGAAAUCGCCAUUCACAAGAGCCUGAACCACGCGAACAUCGUGGGUUUCCACGGGUUUUUCGAAGACGAUGACUUUGUCUUCGUCGUCCUCGAAAUCUGCCGGAGAAGGUCUUUGUUGGAGCUGCACAAGCGUCGUAAGGCUGUGACUGAACCAGAGGCUCGUUACUACAUGACGCAUCUUCUCAAUGGUGUCCAGUAUCUGCACAACAACAAAGUCAUCCACAGAGAUCUGAAACUAGGGAAUGUCUUCCUCAAUGAUGAUAUGGAGGUUAAGAUAGGGGACUUUGGUUUGGCCACUAAGAUUGAGUUUGAUGGCGAGAGAAAGAAAACUUUGUGUGGAACACCCAACUACAUUGCACCUGAAGUUCUUUGUAAGAAAGGCCACAGCUACGAGGUGGACAUCUGGUCACUCGGUUGUAUAUUGUACACUUUACUGGUGGGUAAACCCCCAUUUGAGACAUCCUGUCUGAAGGAGACCUACAACCGCAUCAAGAAAAACAACUACACUGUCCCCUGGCACAUCAACCCAGCAGCUUCUGCUCUCAUCAAACGGAUGCUACAUGCUGACCCUGCACAGAGGCCCACUGUCGCUGAGCUGCUAGUAGAUGAGUUCUUCACAUCUGGCUACAUCCCCACACGCCUCCCCACUACCUGUCUCACGGUGCCUCCAAGGUUCUCGAUUGCUCCCUCCACCGCUGCAGAGCUCAGCCAGAGGCGUCCACUGACUGCUAUUAAUAACAAGGCAGGAACAGAGAAGGUGGAAAUGAAGGAUGAUCUUAUGCAGAGGGAGACUGAGCCAUCAGAGUGCCACCUGAAAGACAUGCUGCAGCAGCUUAACAGCAUCAUCGCUGCCAGACCUGCAGAAAAGGCGCUCAUCCGCCAGGAAGAAGCAGAGGAUCCUGCAUGUAUCCCCAUCUUCUGGAUCAGCAAAUGGGUGGAUUACUCCGAUAAAUAUGGAUUAGGGUACCAGCUAUGUGACAACAGCGUGGGUGUGCUCUUCAACGAUUACACACGUCUUAUCAUGUAUGCUGACGGAGAUAGUCUGCAGUACAUCGACAAGACAGCAGCUGAGUCGUACCUCAGCGUGCGCUCUUACCCCGCUGCUCUCAACAAGAAGAUAACUUUGCUGAAAUACUUCCGUAAUUACAUGAGUGAGCACCUGUUGAAGGCCGGCGCGAACAUGGCGCGUCGGGAAGGGGACGAGCUGGCGCGUCUGCCGUAUCUUUCCCUUUGGUUCAGAACAAAAAGCGCCAUCGUCCUGCAUCUCACAAAUGGCACCGUUCAAAUCAACUUCUUCCAGGACCACACCAAGCUAAUCCUGUGUCCACUGAUGGGCGCCGUGACCUACAUCGAUGAGAAGCGAGAGUUCCGCACCUACAAACUGUCCCUGCUGGAGGAGUUCGGCUGCAGUAAGGAGCUGUCCAGCCGCAUUCGUUAUGCCAAGCUCAUGGUAGAGAAACUUCUGGACAGCAAGCCCACCACCGCUGCACAUUAGACAGUAACUCCUGUAAUUGUCUAAUUACAGGCUCCAAACUCCAACCUAGCCAGGUGUUGUGCUUGUAUAGUUGUCAUCUUCCAUGGCUUUAACAUGUACCAUGCUAAUGUUAUUCAUGAAAGAUGACCCCCCCUCUCAAUCUGAAUUCCUUUUUAUACCAUUUUCCUGCUGUUAAUAGAAACUCACUCUAACUUUUAACUUUCGUGAUGAACCUUGACCAACGUUUCAGCUGACGUAAGCUUGCUGUCAGCACAGCAGGCUGAGAUGAGAUUCAUGUUCAGCCUGCUGUCAUGUCUGUUUCCAUUCGUAAGACUAAAGUUCCAUGGAACGAUGUGAACAAGCGUCUUUGCUUUGGGUUUGCUGUUUUAUGUGUUGUAUGUAGGGAAAUGGACCAUGUUUAUAUGUCUUCAUCAUGUACAUUCUUCCUGUAGUUUUACACUUUUUAUAAGUAUUUUAUGUCUUGUCUCUUUCAACAUGUACAAACAUGUACGUAGUGCUGAAUAUGCACAUGUGCUGUAAAGAUUUAAUUUUUACUUGAGUUAAAUAAAGAUUCAUUACAGAGACUAAACUAAA